CAGUGGCAGCGGGCGCUGGCGCUGCUCAGCGAGAUGCGGGAGGCAAAGCUGGAGACCAACGCGAUCUUCAGCUACAACGCUGGGAUCAGCGCGUGCGAGAAGGGCGGGCAGUGGCAGCGGGCGCUGGCGCUGCUGAGCGAGAUGCGGGAAGCAAAGCUGGAGCCCGACGUCAUCAGCUGCAGCGCUGGGAUCAGCGCGUGCGCGAGGGGCGACCAGUGGCCGCGGGCGCUGGCGCUGCUCAGCGAGAUGCGGGAGUCGAAGCUGGACCCCAACUCAUCAGCUACAACGCUGGGAUCAGCGCGUGCGAGAAGGGCAGGCAGUGGCAGCGGGCUCUGUCGCUGCUCAGCGAGAUGUGGGAGGUGA